AGCUGAAGUUGAAACCAGGACAAAUGGAGCUGACCAGGUCAGGCCAUGGAGAAGAAAACAGAGCGGCGGCAUACCUGGUGUGGGAAGAUCUCACUGUGUCGGUAAUGGCAACAAACUUGAGGAAUGGUUCGUCCACAAGGAGGCUGCUAUGUGGUCUGACUGGCUAUGCUCAACCUCUCCGGAUCAUGGCCGUCAUGGUUACUUCUGGCUCAGGCAAAUCAACCUUGCUCGGUUCCUUUGCCGGAGGGCUCUCCUCCAACGUUGAAAUGACAGGAACUGUUCUUUCUCAGCGCUGCAGAAAGAGCAACCUGCAUAGCAGAGAUGAAGAAGUUUCUAAUAUGGUAAGAAAAUCUCUAAUGGUAGAAAUCUUAUAAUAACAUAGCAAUAACAUGGACAAAAUAAGAGAUAAGUGUUGCA